UUUGUACACAAUUUUGGCUAUUUUGGUCAUUUUUCUACGGGAUCCAACUAUUGAUUUGUUUGUAAUGUUGUGAACAAAUAGAAGAACAUUAAACCUACCUACUAGUAAUUUAUAUUUACAUUACAGCUGUACUUUUUAUGCUCGUAAACUGAAAAAGUUGCGAGCUCAAAAUGUCUGCUGCCAAUGCAGCACCGAUUACCGCUACAGAUAGCUUAACGCAAGCGUUAAAGGCUAAUAUCAUCCCAAAUCAGGAGUAUUUACUGCAGGGUUCAGUGUUAGAUUCAGCUGUGGAAGUGCUACUGCAUCGUCUCCGCGGUCUCUGCGACAACGUGGAUGCGGGACCCGAGACAUUCGAUGACCAGGAGGUGUGCUUCAGCUUGCGCGAUCCCAAUCAGCAGGCUGCACCCCUUAUGUUGCGUGUGCGUAAAGCCUUGGAUGCCAGAGACAUGCCAUUCCAACUGAGAUACAUUGGUCAGCCGGACCUCGGAGACAAGAACCGCCCCACCGUGGUGCGAUCCAGUCUGGACAUCGCCUGCAGCGGAAUGCUGAUUGAGUUCUUGAAUGAACUGGGAUGCCGGAUUGAAUUUGAAUACAGUGUUAAAGGAUACAUGUUCAGAAAGGGGCGAAUGAAGAUCACAGUGGCCAAAGUGUUCAAAAUAUCCCAGAGUGCUAUGCCUCCAGAACCAAUUUCUCAAAGCUAUCUUGUGGAACUAUCUGUGCUAGCGCCGACGGGCCAGGACGCCAUUGCAGAGGACAUGCGCGCGUUCGCGGACCAGCUGCGGCCGCUCGUGCAGCUGGACAAGAUCGACUACAAGCGGCUUGGCCACAUGCCCAGCUAGCCCAUGUUCCUGCCCUAGGACAUGGCCGCCAUCGAACACGCCAUGUACGGUAUCCGACAUUAAUGGUGUGUGCGGGGUCCUGUGAAGAUAUCAUUAGUAAAAAAUAUAUUUACGUGAGUACUAUUAACGUUACUAUAGUAAAAGUACACAUAAGAUUCUUAAUUUAUAUCUAAGAAGGUAACAAGAAUUAAAAUUGAUGUAUUAUUACUAUAAUUAAGUUAUUAAAUCAAUCACCCGUAAUUGUUAAUGUUCAAUAACUUACAAAAUAACAUUAUGCACCACUGUAUAUUUAAUUACGUAUGAAUAUAUAUAGGCCUAGUAUUUGAAAUGAGAAAUCUUCCUAAGCAGGACUUAAUAAAUCAGCCAAUCGUAGCGCUGCCAAUUUUUACUUCAGAAUCUACAUACAGUUUCUGCAUAUUUUGAUAUUCUCAAUCAGGGAUAUUCAUUUUUAAUGUAAAUCUGUAACCUACCGAAUAGAACAAUAGCCAUAGUUAAAAUAAUUAUAGUUUAAAAUACUUUCCAUAUACCUACUUCAAUAAAAUAAAUAAUGAAUGAUGACUGUA